AUGGCCUCGGCGGUGUUUGAGGGCACGUCGCUCGUGAACAUGUUCGUGCGCGGCUGCUGGGUGAACGGCAUCCGUAGGCUCAUCGUCAACCGGCGCGGCGACGAGGAGGAGUUCUUCGAGAUCCGCACCGAGUGGUCGGACCGCAGCGUGCUCUACCUGCACCGCAGCUUCGCCGACCUGGGCCGCCUGUGGCAGCGCCUCCGCGACGCCUUCCCCGAGGACCCGCCCGAGCUGGCGCGCGCGCCGCUGCGGCAAGGACUGCUCGCCGUAAAGGAUGCCCACGACAUAGAGACCAGGCUGAACGAGGUGGAGAAGCUGCUGAAGACCGUCAUUGGCAUGCCCUGCAAAUAUUCUAGGUCAGAAGUUGUGCUCACCUUCUUCGAGAGAUCUCCUCUGGAUCAGGUGUUAAAAAAUGAUAAUGUACAUAAAAUUCAACCCAGCUUUCAAAGUCCAGUCAAAAUAUCAGAAAUAAUGAGGUCCAAUGGAUUUUGUUUGGCAAAUACAGAAACAAUAGUUAUCGACAACAGUAUACCCAACGGAAAAGACCAACACCUGGGCAUGGACCCGACUGAGCAUCUGUUUGAGAAUGGCAGUGACUUCACCUCGGAGCUGGACGAUGCUGACGACCCCACCGCUUAUGUCACCAAUCUGUCCUAUUACCACCUGGUCCCCUUCGAGACGGACAUUUUGGACUGAGCCUCUCCGCCCCGCCCCUCCCUGACGUCCCCACCCGGCUGCCCGGGCUCCGGGCUCGGGCUGACGCGGGGCGUGUCGCGGGCCACGCGGCUGCUGUUCCCAGGCUCCUGUCUCCGCUCGACACCGCCAGCCGCUGGUCCCCGCCUCGCUCCCGCGCUCUGUGCGGCUGGACAUAGGCUGCAGGGACAGGGUCGCUGGCCCAUUUGUCCUCACUGCCUCCGGCCCAGGGCCACGCGGCCACCCUCGCUCCCCACCGUUACGUCCAACGCACAAAACGUUCCGAGGGAGAUUUUGACGAGUCGCCAAAUUCUGGAUGACACAGGGGUUGUGAAAUAAUCCAGAGUUUCCCUGGGAAUCCGGACGUUGGCUUUUGUUUUUGCUUUUCAUCUUCUACCUGGGAACGGGGUUGGGGUCCAGCAAAGGAGCCUGCACAGAGGGUCGGGCACGACCGGGGAGUGUCGGCUGCCGGGAGGGGGCGCUGGCCCUGGGCGCCCGCCCGUGCGAGCUCCGCCGAGAGUCCACGUGGCCCUCGGGAGGAGCGGCUCGUUCUGGCCCGCCACCCCGCCCCGCAGCCCCUCUGCUCCAGAGAACCUGCAGGGGUGGGCUCCAGGGCGAGGAUCUGGGUCCUGCCAGCAGGGCUCCUCACAGCGUCUACUAACGACCAGCAUCUGCUAAUGUAAAUACUAGUAAGUUAUUGAGAAUUCUAAUUCUU